UGAUAUAUAGUGCACUACUGCCACUACUCCAACGUCUCCAACCCAGUGUAUUUUACGCACGAACAAACUAUACCCUCAUAGCGGCAGUCUGCCCGCACCCAGAAGCAGAACGAACACCCAAAGUCCCAAAACCCUGCAGUCUAUAGACUAGACUCAAGACUAAGUACCUACAGUAUACAUAUACCUAGUGAAAAAUACUUCACAUCUCUCAUCCCAGGUCCCAGUGUACGUGCGCGCGUGUGUUGGUGUUGGUGACUGUGUUGAUGUGUGUUGGCGAGGAGUCGCCAUUUUGUCCGAGUUUGACUUCGGCCCGGUUUCACCGAGGAUAUCAACGACGAGUUGAAAAGCAGACAGGGAGUUGCCUGCUGCCACGGGAGUUCCAGCGACUGGCCAAGAUAAUGUAGAUAUAGGUUAAAGUUACAAGGCCUCGAAGAUAAAAGCGUGUUUCAUGACAGUACUGGAUUCUGGUUUUUGGUGGUGCAACUUAGUCCUAAACACGUACACCUUCAAGACGUCAGUCCGUAAGACUUACAAGGCAGGAUGACGAUUGCUACGAGAGGCCAAGGGGUUGGAAUUGAUCCGCCCGAAAGUCAUCAAAACACAGUGAUGCCUAGUUCACCUGGUCAGCAGCAGUUGGCGGACGCCAUGUCCAGCCUUCAGAUAACUGAAAACGUAACGACUGCUGAUUGCACCAACGACUCGUCGACUGUGACUGGUAGCGAAGAGACAGUUCAGCAAAAGUUAGAGCCUGAUUUUCCACAUGCUAAGCUUGCUGCGCUGGAUGAAAAAAUAUCUAGUCCAAGAUGGGUAGUGCCUGUUUUGCCUGAUCAAGAAUUGGAGUGCCUGUUACAAGCCAGUAUCGAUUUGUGCAAAAAAGGAAUUGAUGUACAGAGUGAAGCAUGUCAACGUUUUUUUCGGGAAGGGCUUACGAUUUCUUUUACAAAAAUUUUAACAGAUGAUGCUGUCAAUAGUUGGAAAUUAAAUAUUCACAAUUACAUAAAUGCCAACUGUCAACGGCUGGUAGAACUUUGUGUCUUGAAAUUAGAAGAGGACUGGUUUCCUCUUCUUGAUUUACUAGCAAUGGUUUUUAAUCCUAAUAAUAAAUUUCAUACGUUUAAUGCAUCGCGUACCUCAGAGACUGUACCACCAGGUAGUAAUAUUCCUGAUGAUGAAGUAUAUGCGCGAUCUCCUUCAGAUUCGAGGAAUCCACGUGGCUGGCUUGUUGAUCUUAUAAAUAAAUUUGGUAGUCUUAAUGGUUUUGAAAUUUUACUCAAAAGAUUUUCAAGUGGACGAAAUUUAACAGUGCCAGUUAUUUAUGCGUUAAUGAAGCCAUUUGGCUUGUGCUAUGAGUUAUUAACAGUUAAUACCAUUUAUAAAUACCUAAUGCCCAUAGUGAAAAUGGUGCCUCAAAUUUUAGAUAAUCUGACAGAUUCUGAACUUAAGAAAGAAGCGAAAAACGAAUCCAAGAACGACGCGAUAUCAGCCAUAAUCAAAGCAGCAAAGUGUAUAGCCACGCGCGUACCUUAUCAGGAGGGGACGAUAAAAAAUCUCGAAAUCUUUAGACUGAAAAUGAUUCUGAGGCUUUUACAAAUAUCGUCUUUCAAUGGCAAAAUGAAUGCUCUUAACGAAGUGAAUAAAGUAAUUGCAAGUGUAAAUUAUUAUCUUCACCGUAAUCCAAAUCUCGAGGAGGAAGAAUGGUUAACUGCCGAACGAAUGGCGAAAUGGAUCAAAGAAAAUGGAGUGUUGGAAAUCGUGUUGAGGGACUCGCUGCAUCAGCCGCAAUACGUCGAGAAACUAGAAAAAAUUUUACGUUUUAUCAUAAAAGAACGUGCAUUAUCUCUCGAAGACUUGGAUGCUGUGUGGGCGGCACAAGCUGGUAAACACGAAGCCAUUGUGAAAAACGUUCAUGAUUUAUUGGCCAAAUUGGCUUGGGAUUUUAGUCCGGAACAGUUGGAUCAUCUUUUCGAGUGUUUCACGACGAGUUGGAGAACUGCCAACAACAAAAAACAACGAGAAAAGCUUCUCGAGUUAAUUCGAAGACUUGCUGAAGAUGACAAGGAUGGAGUCAUGGCUCAUAAAGUGUUGAGCCUCUUUUGGAACUUGGGACACAGUGAAGACGUGCCUCCAGAAAUCGCGGACCAAGCCUUGAGUGCUCACGUCAAAAUAUUGGAUUACUCGUGUUCACAAGAGAGGGACGCUCAAAAAACAUUAUGGCUGGACAAAUGUGUGGAGGAAUUGAAAAACGGCGAUAAGUGGGCACUACCUGCGCUCAAGCAAAUUCGUGAAAUUUGUUCCCUCUAUGAAUCAAAUCCCAACAUGGGUCAUGGUCAGCGAACUCAACAUGCGUGCUAUAGGCAAGAAGUCAUUGAACGUCUUCAAGGCCAUCACUCCGUCGUUAUACUUGUGACUAACAAUUUGACAUCGUAUAUGAGCAGAGUACGACAACUGGUCAAGGAUCACCCGGAUAUUGACCCUAAUACUUUUUUACCUGACGAUCGCUGUAACCACAUCAUGCAAGUCCAUGAAAGGCUGAGUUUUUUAAGAUUUUUAUUAAAAGAAGGUCAAUUAUGGCUUUGCGCCGACCAAGCUAAACAAAUUUGGCAGUGUUUGGCAGAACAAGCAGUUUUUCCUUCAGACAGAGAAGCAUGUUUCAAGUGGUUCUCUAAAUUAAUGGGCGAAGAGCCUGAUCUUGAUCCGUCAAUCAACAAAGACUUUUUUGUAAAUAACAUUUUAUUGUUGGAUCCCACGCUGCUUACCGAGAGUGGCAUUCGAUGUUUUGAGAGGUUCUUCAAAGCUGUUAAUUCCAAGGAAAACAAGUUGAAGAUUAAAAGACGCACUGUUUUGCUGGAGGAUGUAGACUUGAUAGGAGCCGACUACUUGUGGAGGGUCGUAACAAACAGUCCAGAAGAAAUAGCCAAUCGAGGAAUAGAGCUGAUGAAAGAAGUUAAUACUAACUUGGGUUCUCGACUGCAAUCAUCCGUAAUGGCUUUUCACGAAACUUAUAUAUCAGAGUGUAUUGAUCGUUUGAAAGCUCACUACGACACGAUGUCCAUCCUUAAAAAAGAUACACUCGAGAACAAAGAGGAUAAAGACGAAAGUGCCGUUGACUGUAUUAAAUCGGAAGCGUUAAAAAUGUGUCGCGUAAUGAAAGUUUUGCAGGAAUAUCUAAAUGAGUGUGACAUGGCUUUUCCUGGAGAAAGGAAAAUUCUUCCAUUACACAGAGCUGCUCGAGGCAAGCAUUUAUCUCUAAUCGUAAGAUUUGCUAAUCCUGCUCGUGCCGUUGAAGAUAUUGAAAUAUUUUCACAUACGAACGAUACAUUGGCAUCUUUGAGACGACAGAUAAUGAGAAAAAUCAAAGCCAGUGAUACACAGAUUAAAAUGGAUCUUUUCAUUAACGGAGAACCGUUGGACCCAGCCGACGAUAGAAAACUAUUAUCGCAGAUUCCUUUAAGAGACAAAACGUUAUUGUCAGUAAAACUCAGUCAAGUUAACACAAACAUGCCAAGCUCUCCCGAUAGUAGUUCCGACAGCUCAACUAGCUCACCUCACCAUCCUUACUCCAAAAUGGAGAGUUGUCACGCGUCUAAUCCAGAAGCCGAGAGCAGUUUACCCGGAGUGCUGUUAUCCCAAAGACACAAGUUUGUCACGUUUUUCUUUCAAUUGGCGGAUUUGGGCUGUAUGCUCGAACAGGCCCAAUUGCGCGAUGGCGCACGCUAUCUUUUGCAAUUGAUCCCGGCUGACAUAUGUACAGUGCAGAAAUUGCAACGUUUUUUCGGGCGCUACAAAGAUCACGAAGCUGUGCAAAAUUCUUCCGCCGACGAGUCCAAUGUUAACGUAGGCUCUCUGUUUUUCUCAGCAAGUCCAAGUCAAGUUUUAUACAAUUUAGAGGUUUUAUACACACUGUUGAUGCCCGCACUCGAUCCAAUGUCUGACAAGGCAUGCGAGUUCCAGCUCAAUUUGAUCAAAAGUGGCGAAGCCGGAGUAAUCCUGGACAUGUUGACGAAAAAUAAUUUCCUACCUAAUGCGGAUGAAGUAACGAAGCGCUCGGCCUAUCUUACAGUUCUCAAGCUGUGCAAGUUCCUGCUGACGGUGAUGGCGAACACCGUGGCCCAAUUAACCGAGGUGCCAUACUUGAACGCCCAAAUCCUUCAGUCGAACAAGCACCAACUGCCGAUAGCCGUGCUGAAGCAGGCGUUGCACAGUGUUCCGAAUCAAAACACGGAGUUUAUGUUGCGCUCGGUCGCGGUCAAGCUCGCCACGUUCAUUGCCAAGGACAUGUUAAUCGGGAGUUCGGAGCUCGAGCGGUACAGGCAGCUGCUGCAGCAGGCGCUCCUGUGGGAACUGCCGGACGUGGUCACCAUUCGUGCCAUAAUUAGAUUAGCUUGGGCCGCGUCCAGUGGUAGUUUAAAUCACCUUAAUGCCUCGUCCCAAGUGCUCCAUGAAAUUCACGAGACCAAUGCUAAAGAUCAGAAAAACAUGGACAACAAUGAUGUUUUGAUUUGCAAAGAGGCAUUGGAAGUGUUGACAUUAGCUCUAGUAUUAAAUCCAAAGGCUCUGGAGGAUUUGACGCGAGACUCCAUGUGGCAACAAAACUCGGAGAACGUCAUGUGGAACACGUUUUUAAUUGACCUUGUACUAGUUGGCACAUCACGGGCGAUUCGCGCAACUGCUGCUGAACAAUUUUUACUAAUAUCCACAUGGUGUAGUAGUGGACAUCAGGCGCUUCAAUUUUUUAUCACUCGCCUGUUUCCAGUCAUAAAUACCACCGUCAUAGAGUACGCUAGACAAAGCCACGAGUUUUUCCAACUACUGUGUAGGUUAUUAAAUUAUGCACACAUAUCGGGGUGCCUAUUAUCAUCUGCUGAAAGUUGGCUCAACAUCGAAAUCGUAUGGUUGAAGCAAGUUCGCGAUCGUGUUCGAGAAACUGGUGAUACUGCGGUUGACGAGGCCGUCCUCGAGGGUCACCUGGGCCUUACAAAAGAGUUACUAUCAUUUUUUCCACCCGUGAAAAAGUACGAGCUUGGAUCCGACGAUAAAAGAGGCAUAACUCUCAUUAAGGAAUUAGUACAGGAUUUUAUAUUUCCGGCUUCGUGCUGCAUGCUGCAGUUGCGAGAAAAGCGAGGCGAGCUGGCUUGCCUCAGCUCGUUCCAGGCCUGCCCGGUUUGCAGUACUCCGCAGUCUAUCAGUGCAGCCUUCGAUCUUCUCGUUACCCUCUGCACCGGUUGCGUGCCCAACAUGAGGCUUCUAGUCAACAUGCUCUGCAACAUGUUUUACUCGGAAAAGGACGAGCCUCUCGUCGAGUGGGACUACCUGCCGCCGGUGGGCCCGAGGCCGCCCCAAGGUUUCGUCGGACUCAAGAACGCCGGCGCGACCUGCUACAUGAACUCGGUGCUCCAGCAGCUCUACAUGGUCGAAAGCAUUAGAGUAGGACUGUUGGCAGCGGAGGGCGCAGCCACGGAUCUCAACGAGGACUUUUCCGGUGAGGAAAGAACAGAGAGCGAACAGACGAUCGAGGCCAGCGACAACGACACCAAUGAGGAAAAGUGCAGUGCAGACGAGUCACGCAAGGAAUAUAAUAUUGGCAUACUAAAGCAGGUUCAAGCAAUAUUUGGGCACUUGGCUUACAGUAAGCUCCAGUACUACAUUCCUCGUGGUCUUUGGAAGCACUUUAAGCUUCAGGGUGAACCUGUUAAUCUGCGCGAGCAACAGGAUGCCGUUGAAUUUUUUAUGAGUCUGGUAGAAAGUUUGGACGAAGCUUUGAAAGCUCUGGGCCAUGAGCAAAUAAUGAGCAAAAUCCUUGGCGGUUCUUACAGUGACCAGAAAAUUUGUAAAGGCUGUCCUCACAGAUACUCUAAAGAAGAGCCCUUCAGCGUUAUAAGUGUGGAUAUCAGGAAUCAUAAUAAUUUAACAGACUCUUUGGAGCAAUACGUCAAAGGGGAGCUGCUCGAGGGAGCAGAUGCGUACCACUGUGAUAAAUGUAACAAAAAAGUCGUGACCGUUAAGCGAUUAUGCGUUAAGAAAUUGCCGCCUAUAUUGGGAAUACAGUUGAAGAGAUUCGAGUACGACUUUGAAAGAGUUUGUGCUAUAAAGUUUAACGAUUAUUUCGAAUUUCCACGGGAUCUCGACAUGGAGCCUUAUACCGUUUCGGGACUCGCAAAACUGGAAGGAGAGAUUAUAGACUGGGAUCACGAGGAGACACUCAAAGGAACUUGUACCAAAUAUCAACUAACUGGUAUUGUCGUCCAUAGUGGUCAGGCCAGUGGAGGUCAUUACUAUUCUUAUGUUUUACACAGGCAAAGUGAUGGGACGGGAAAAUGGUACAAGUUUGACGAUGGAGACGUAACUGAAUGUAAAAUGGAAGAAGAAGAAGAAAUGAAGUCUCAGUGCUUUGGUGGCGAGUAUAUGGGUGAAGUGUUUGAUCAGAUAAUGAAACGCAUGAGCUACCGUAGACAAAAACGAUGGUGGAAUGCAUACAUGUUAUUUUACACUAGGAUCGACGUAGAACCCAAUACUCAGUUGAAGAAGCACAACGAACUGUCGUUAUAUACCAAAUUGGGAGUCACAAAAAUGCCACCAGCAAUCGAGUACAGCGUUAGAAAGCAAAAUAUUAAGUUUAUGCAUAAUCGAAAUCAGUUUAAUACGGAAUACUUCCAGUUCAUCAGAAAACUUGUAUCGUGCAACCCGUGCAACGUUACUCGACCUAAUCACGAUAAAAUCAGCCCGGAAGCUGAAGAGCUGUCGAUGCUAUCUGUACAAUUGGCGUCAAAAUUUCUAUUUUUUACCGGUUUUCAUACAAAGAAGACUUUACGUGGGACUGCGACGGAAUGGCACGACAUAUUGUGUCACCAUUUGCUUAAUAGUAAAAAUGUACGUGCUUGGUUCGCUCACAACGUCUUAUUUAGUCAUCCACAUAGAUUCUGCGAAUAUCUGUUAAGCUGCCCAAGUACGGAAGUUAGAAAUUCUUUUUUGAAAAUAUUAGUUUUUGUGGCUCACUUUGCUCUACAAGAUGGCCCUUGCACACCACCUCUUAAUGCUCAGAAAAUGAAUGGAUUAUUUUCAGCUGUUCUUGUGGAUCCCAAUGCAAACCUCAGUGAUCAUCUAGUCCACGCGGUUCUUACGUUACUUCAAAGAGAAAUCUCGGAUCAUGGUCGUCACCUGCCACACUAUUUUUCUUUUUUCCUCAGCUACGCGUCACUUGGUGCACAGGAAAAGUUACAAUUGUUAAAGCUGAAUGUACCAGUGACAUUUAUGCUGGUAGCGAUAGACGAAGGCCCGGGUCCAGUAAUCAAAUAUCAAUAUCCCGAACUGACAAAGCUUCAUCAGGUGGUGAGCAUGCUUAUUCGUUGCUGCGAUGUGUCAUCUCGAACCCAAUCGAGUGUUAGUGGGCCGGUGCUUCCCAACCCUUACGGCGACCCAGCUUGCGGCAACGAGUACCUCAUGCCUAUACCCCCACUUGCAGCUGAUAUACUUUUUAAUCGUACGAGCUACAUGAAGAAACUCAUUGAGGAUGCAAGCAUUGCCGAAGAGACGGUCAAACUAUUGCAAUACUGCUGUUGGGAGAAUCCGCACUUUUCGCGCAUAGUCCUCAGCGAACUGCUCUGGCACAUAAGCUUUGCGUAUACCCACGAGCUGAAGCAUCAUACGGAUUUGCUGUUGGAGAUGCUUCUCAUGGACGAUUCGUGGCAAAUGCAUCGUGUGCAUAAUGCUCUAAAAGGUGUUCCGGAAGAGAGGGAAGGUUUGUUCGAUACGAUCCAAAAAAGCCGUAGUCAUUAUCAAAAGCGAGCGUACCAGUGCAUCAAAUGCAUGGUGCAAUUGCUCUGCAAGUGUAAAGGAGCGCACCAAUUUUUGUACCAAAAUGCCGAAUUGAAGAAAAAGUGGCUUCUUGCUAUCGAGUGGCUUCAAGAAGAAUUGGAUAAGAGGCCUUACACUUCGACCGCACCGUAUACAGACGUCUAUAACAAUUGGUCGCCACCACCUCAGUCCAACGAUUCGACCAAUGGUUACUGUUUAGAACGCAGUAACAGCGCUAAAAAAAUACUUGAGAUGGCUUACGAUCUGUGUCCGGAUGAUGAACCAGAAGUUAAGGAUUCGAUCGAAGAAAUGUUUGAAACUUCUGAGAAUGCAUCUCAGGAAAUAAACGUUCAAACUACCACGGCAGCAACAACAACAAAAACAAUACCAACGACAGUAAUACCACACACGACGUCAGUGAUUGACUUCCAACUCAUGAAGGAAGCUGCAAAGAAUAAAUCUACAGCUCAAAAGACUAAACACUUUGAUGAUGGUAUUCCGGAGUUUCAUUGUUUCGAGGACGGUAUUAUUUUCGAGGACGAAACUAAAAUCUCAGAAUACAGAGCAUUUUGGUAUGAACAAUUUUUCAAGCACAAAGUGCAACAGCAUAAGCAGCAGCAACAACAGCAACAAAUGCAACAGCAACAGUCGCAAGAGCAGCAACAGGAGCAACAACCUGGGCCUUCACCGGUGCACACGUCGCAUUGCGAAACCUCACCAAAUAGCAGCCAGGAUCCAUAAUGAUAUUUGGUAUUACACGCGCGCUGCCUCUGUGAGAGCAGCUGGGACUACGUGAAAUCGAAUAACUGGGCUGGCAUGUUGAAAGUAAAGCAACAAGUCAGCAUGUACAUAUGAAAGAGCAGUCGAGAGAAGACAUACGAUACGUCUCGAUGCUCUUUCUUUUUCUAGUGACGACCGCCGCUGAUCAGAUACAUUUUUCUCCUCUUCUCUUUUUAGGUAACGGCCGAUACCAUCCUCAUAUGUUAUUCAAGUUUUCGCUAAUUUUUUUUAAGAAAGCUUAAGACACAAAUUUCAUGCAGAACAAUGAAAAGAGUUUUUAAAUUAUUCAAUUAGUUUAUCAUAUUUAAAAAUAUUAUCGCUAUAGCAUUAAAAAAUUUUUUCUAUCGUACUUAAAUGAAAGCAGAUUAGUGGGCAAUUUUUUGCAACUGUAACUGCUAACAGAAUAAAUUUUACUGUUAAAUUUAAAAUUUAAUUUUGAAAUUUUUAUUGACAAACAUAUAUUUUGGGACUGAAUUUUCUUUUUGAAUCACAAUUCAACAACAAACCAGAGGGAUGGAUAAAGGCCACUGAGAGCUUUGAAAGUAUGAAAGUUGAAUGGAAAAAAAAAUCAGUUGUAUCGUUCUAAGAUACUUAUAAUAACUGAGCUGGGGUAAUUUUCUGUAAAAAGAAAAAGAGAAAAAAAAGAAAGAAAACAAUUAAUGCAAUGAGUACUUGAAACUCACGAAAUGAUCCAAGCUCUGAUAUAAUUUAUAAGAUAUGUAAUAAGUCAAACGCUACUAUUAAACAAAAGAAAUAAAGUAAAUUAAAAAUAAUAAAUCAAUCAAGCAAAUAUACCAAACGAUAAUAGCUUUUUUAAACGCAUGAAAAAAAAAUAACAAAAAAAGAAACUUUGAAUGCUUACUAUGAUAUGUACAUAUACGCAAAUUUUACUGCUUUUUUACGUGGAAGCAAGUCGAAACGCUAGUGUAAAUCCUGGUUUUGUAAACAAACAUUUUUUACGUUUAGAGGAUGGUCGAUAAUAUUAUUUAUGUAUAUUAGUCGAGAGAAACAGAACAAGAGCGAGAGAGAUUAUUAUAAAAUCCUACGCAUCUGCAGAGAGCAUCAAUAAUCGAAAUCAUGGUGUCAUUUUCUAAUGUAAUUUUUUUAUGAGCGUUGAAUGCGAGCUACGUUAUAUAGAUAUGACCAAGAGCAGACAAAAGGAAAUUCAAAAUAAUGAGUGAAAUGCAUACUUGAUACAUUCACUCAUUAUUUUUAGGACACGUUAGGUGUAUGAGUGUGUUUGUGUUUUUUUUCGUUUAUGUACGAAUGUGCACUAAGUGUAUAUGAAUGAAAGAUCGAGAUAACACUGCUGAAAAAAAUAUUGGAAAGAAUAAUAGCAUUUUUCAUUUUUCUCAUACUUUAUACAAAAGUUGUUACCUAAAUGAUUUAAUUGUUAUAUUUCGCAAGGGUGUAUGUGGUUCAAGAAUUUUAAUAAGAGAAAUCUUGCGUUUGACAAGUAUCUCGACUCAAUCAACAGUCAGUUUACCGUAAAAUUUAUUUUUAAAAAACAAAAAAAAAAAAAAAAAAAAGAAAGAAAUAAAAACUUUGAAGAUUGUGACAAAAGUUACAAAAAAAGAAAAAAAGAAGAAAAAAAAAACUGUAAAAAAUACCCGAUACAACUAAAUGAAAACAUCGCUGACAAAUGACUGGUGUCCAAGUUUCAAUGAAAAACCACGAAGAUAAACAAUAAAAUAAUGAAAUUCUUGCGUUACAAUUAACAUUGAUUAUUUAUAAAUUUAAAUUAUCGCAAGU